AUCGCAUCAACCCUCGACAGCGCUCUCCAUAGCGCGUUCGAAGAGAGAUUGCUCCAUUUCCGGUGGAUCAAGACACCGCCGCAGGGAUGCCUCACCAAGGCAGGUCAUCGGCUUCUAGACAUGGUCAGGGAAGACGAUCCGGUCCUUCGGCAAAUGGGGUUCCCAGAGGUGAUGAGAACGAUAAACCGAGAAAUAGAUGAAACCAGGUCCUUCCCUAUGAUGGUCUCACAAACCCUUAGCGACCUGCAUGUCUUGGCUGCCUGCUUGGAAGAGACGGGAAGCCAUUUUUUGUCAAUCUCUGACUGGAUGCAGCAUUCUAAGAUGGUCAACUGCCUCGACGCAGGACAGACCAGCAGGCCGCGACCUUGGCUGGAGAUCCUCGACAAGGCGGUCAGGGCCAUGACGGAAGCCAAGGAGUAUAACUUUGCGGGAGGACAUUGGAGUUUUUGGCGGAGGCUGGAUCGGCAAAUGAAAAGUGUAUCGCAGAACGACAAAGCUCUCGAACGCGUAUUCUGUGAGAUAGAACGAAAGAUGCCCCUUGGGCCUGAACAGCCUGCGCCAGAUACUCCAACGGAGCCCUUGAUCUCAACCUUCAACAAGGCGUCCUUGACAGUAGCCACUGCGAGCCAACCCAAGCAAACCCGUCGGCAACGGGCACGACAGCAGAACAGCAAGCCCGACCGACCGACUGUGCAGUCGACCAAACGGCCGCUAUGCACCUCAUCUUCGAGUCCUCAGCUGCAUGUCCACCUGGAGGAGCCGGGCUUUUGGUUUUCUUUGCAAAAUGGCACCCAGCAGACCUUCUCCUGGAACGAUUUUCGCGAUGCCAUGUGCAGCAUCGGAUGCAGCAUGGAGCCAGCUGGAGGGUCAGCCUUUCGCUUCGCUUGCUGUGACUCCAAGGGCAAACGGAUCUUUUCCAUCGUAUACCACAAGCCCCAUAAUGAGUCGGGCGAGACGAGCUUGAGCCUGGGCCAAGCCCGACGAUCGUGGCUGAAGAGGCUCGAGAGACGCGUCAUUUUCGACCAGACCCCUGAGGCCAAUUGA